AUGGAUAUUGGUACAGCAUUAAAAUGGUUAAAUGAUGAGACUGGAUCUAACUUCAAAACACUUAGUGAAUCAAGGUCUGGAAAAGAAAUCGCUGAUCUCUUAAUUCGUUCAACAAAUUUGAAUGAACAUAUCAGUGAAAUUAAAAUAGGACAAACACAACUAGACAGAACUUUCAAUUUUCAAACUAUACGAAAGAUAAUGCGCGAAGUUGGAGUAAGCUUUCCAUACGAUAUUAGAAAGAUUACAGAAGGCGAUGAAAAUGAAAUACUACAAUUGUUAAACGCUAUCAGAAAAAUUGUUGACCAGCAAAGUGGUAUUCAGGAAGAAGUACUUGAAUAUGAUAUUGAAGAAGAAGACAAAGAUGAAUUUGAAAACGUUGAGUCAUUGUUCGAUGAUGUCGAAAAAGAAUUACAGAAUAGAAUAUUACAGCAAAAUACAAUGAAGCAAGAGAUUGAACUCCAUGCACAAGAGCGUGAUUUUUAUCUCAGUAAGCUAAUGCAAAUAGAGAAAUUAACUAAGAAAUAUCCAAUAGAGGAAGUUGGAACUGUCGUAGCUGUUCUUGAGAAUCCGAAUACGGAUCUUGCUCCAAUUCAAAAAUAA